AUGGUGGGUUUGUGGCCUAAACCCAACAAAUGCACUGAGAAAAGUUUGUGGUCCGAAAUUUGGGUCGGCAUCAUUUUUAUUUUAUUAAUAUUUAUUUCUAAUGUUCCGAUGAUAUAUGCGGUUAUAGAAGUUUGGGGUAAUAUGGUACUUGUAAUAGAUAAUUUACAUACAACGUUACCGCAACUGAUAAUAUCAGUGAGAUACAUCAUUAUGCGACGAAAACAAACGGUUGUAUUGUCAAUUGUAAACAUGAUGGCGGAAGAUUGGAUAGCAUUUAAACAAGAUAAAGAAAGAAAUGUGAUGAUAAAACAAGCACAAACAGCACGAUUAAUUAUGAUAAUUGGAUAUAUUUUCAUGGUAAUAGCGGUUCUCGCAGUAAUCAUUCCACCUUGUUUUGGCAUUCCGGUAAUAUACGUAAUAACGAAUUUCACGGGUGUGAACAAACCAUUACCGUUGAAGACUUAUCAUUUUUACAAUACAGAUAAGAGUCCGCAAUUUGAAUUGACAUUUUUUAUUCAUAGCUUUACGACCUUAUUAGGAGGUAUCAUUUACAUGUGUGUAGAUAUUUUUCUAAUUUUAAUAAUUCUUCACAUUUGUGGCCAGUUAGAAAACUUUAGAUGCCGUUUAACUGAUUUGAUUUCAUGCAAAAAUUUCAAUGAAGUUUUGAACAACAUUAUAGAAACCCAUUUACGCCUUAUCAGAUUUACUGACAAUAUCGAAAAUACGUACUCUGUAAUGAUGUUAGCAUUGAUAUUUCAUUUUGAUUUCAUGUGGGCAGUUAAUCUACAUCGUAUAGGAUUUGAAAUGGUGGGCUUGUGGCCUAAACUUAACAAAUGUACUGAGAAAAACUUGUUGUCAAAAAUUUGGGUUGGCAUCAUUUUCAUUUUACUAAUAUUUGUCACUAUUGUUCCAAUGGUACAUGCAAUUAUAGAAGUUUGGGGCAAUAUGACAUUUGUAAUAAGCAAUUUCCAGACAACGUUACCGUUCCUAAUAGCAUCACUGAAAUAUGCUAUCAUACGACGCAAACAAACAGCUGUCUUGUCAAUUAUAAACAUGAUGGCGGAUGAUUGGAUAGCAUUUAAGCAAAAUAGAGAAAGAAAUGUGAUGAUAAAACGAGCACAAACAGCACGAUUAAUUACGAUAAUUGGGCAUGUUUGCGUGGUAAUAGCGUUUCUCACAUCGAUCAUCCUACCUUAUUUUGGUAUUUCAGUAGUGUACGUAGCGAAUCUCACAGAUGUGCGCAAACCGUUACCGUUAAAGAUAUUCAUGUUUAGAUACAUUAUGUCACGGGCAAAGUCCGCAAGUAGGGACAAUGCUGACAUUGUACAGCAGUCAACUCGGGCAACGUCGACAUUGUCCACUUGCGAAUUUUGA